AUGAGUAACAUUUCGGGAGGUCCAGAUUUUGUGAGGAAGUUAUUUAAGAUGCUAGAAGAUACUUCUUACAGCGAAGUAGUCUCUUGGGGCGCUAAUGGUGACAGUUUCGUUGUAAAGGAAAUCGAUGCAUUCACGAAAACAAUUCUUCCUCGACAUUUUAAGCAUUCAAAUUUUGCUAGUUUUGUCCGACAGCUUAACAAAUAUGAUUUUCAUAAGGUCAGAAGUACCGAUGAUUCAGCUGGGCUGUACGGCGAACAGGCGUGGGAAUUCCAUCACCCACAAUUCCAUUAUAAUAAUAGGGAUCAAUUGGACAGUAUCAAAAGGAAAACACCUGCCAAUCGGAAACCCGUCAAUGCCAAUCCUCCUUCGGAAGUUUCAACCAACCCUCAAUUGAAUGAUCUUCAAAACCAAAUAAACAACCUAGGCAAACUGCAAUCUGUUAUGAACGAACGCCUGCAUUCGUUAAGUAAGAGUUACGAUACAGUUGUUCAAGAUAUAUUGAAUUUCAAGAAAAAUAUGGUUGCUCAGGAUCAAUUGAUGCAAGAGUUGAUACAAUACUUGAUAGGUCUUGAAGCAGAAAAAUCUAGUUCUUCUCGUUCUUUUGGACAUGGAAACUCGUUGAAUGACGGUAUAAAUAAUUCAUUCGUCCCUUCAGAACAAGCUCAGAAGUUAAUCAAUUCUUAUGCUCAAGUUUCACGAGCUUCAUUUGAUCAAAUGAAUGAGAUUUCACAACGUGCACAAUCUUUACAUAAUAUCACCAGCAAUACAUCCAACAUGAAUAAUCGUAGUAUAAUAUCCUCAGAACCUUUGACAAUUCCUUCAACAUUAUCACCGUUAGAAAGUGAAAAUGCGAUUAAUUUAAAUAAUGAUAUCAGAAAUAUCAGCAAUUCUUCAGAUGCGAUGUCAAAUGUUUUCAUAACGUCUCAACGGUCAUCUGCCAUAGAGAACUCUGAAGUGCCAAAAGUGACGGAUACUUCUCAAAGAACUGAUAAUUAUGUUCCUGGUGUAAUAUUUAAUAAUAUAAUGACUUCAGAUGACGUUACGGUUUUCACAUUUGGUCACCUAUCACCUAAACAAUCGCAUGCUUCGUCGUCAUCAAAUAUCAUCCCUGUAUCAAAUUCAAGUUCUUCAAAUGCUCUACGUGUUGUAAAUACUUCACAACAUGCUUCUAAUCAUAUGCGCGUUCACCGUAGUACGCUCGCACCAGUCUGGUCUGUUCCUCCAAAAGUUCUUCUAGUAGAUGAUGACUUGGUAUACCAAAAAUUUGGUUCAAAAUUGCUUGAAGUCUUUGGUUGCUCCUUUGACAUUGCAGUAGAUGGAAUUGGUGCUGUUAAUAAAAUGAAUAUUAGCAAAUAUGAUCUUGUUUUAAUGGAUAUUGUUUUGCCAAAUUUGGAUGGUGUUAAGGCAACAGCUCAAAUUAGACAAUUCGAUAAUUCUACACCAAUUAUUAGCAUGACAUCCAGCGCAUCACAACAAGAUUGCAGUUUGUAUCUUUCACAUGGAAUGAAUGAUGUUCUUGCCAAACCAUUCAACAAAGCGACAUUUUUUAAGAUGUUAGAAAAUUAUUGUUCACAUCUUGUCAUGCCGAAUUUCCAGAGCAUUCCAAGACCAUUUAGUGUCUCCGAUAUAUCAACAUCUGCUUCUAAUAGUGACAUGUUUUCUCACUCUUCAAAUACAUCAGUUGGAGAAAAAAACAAUGACCAUGAUAGUUUGAUUCCAAACCAAAUGGCCUUGACCGUGUCUGACGGGUCAUAUUCUUCUGGCGGGCCUCUGUUUGGUUUCGACUAUAUGCAAGUUAUGAACCAUCUUGUUAAUGCAUCCUCAGUUACUCGUGGUAAGAAUGUUAUAGAAAAUGAUUUCCAAGACCAGCGUCCCCGUAAAAAACCCAAAUUUGAGGUACUUGAAUGA